AUGGCGAUGGUGGAGAAGCUCAUUGAAGAGAAAAUCACCGACGCUCAGUUAGCCGCGAUCGUCAAAAGCAAGCUUCCCGAGGUCCAGGUCUGCCUCAUGACCAUGGCCGCCAUGACACCCGAAAUCACCGUCAAGGUCGUGGAGUUAAUGCUGCCGGCCAUGAACGAUUGCGGCGUGAAGAUUGCAGCUGCCGAACGAUCACAAUGGAAAGGCAUGUUCGACGACUGUUCUCGAGAAGCCACCGCCACUGUGAAGGUUUCGACAGGAAUGGGGGAUGACGAUGCUAAACUUUUCGACGAAGGAAUGGACUGUUUGAGAGCUGCUCUGACCUUCUAAUCGACUGUAGGAGCUGAAUAUCCUGAAUAUAUAGCUAGAUUAUCCGUGGAGGUUACGCCGACGACGA